AGGAGGAGCACUUCUGAGUAACUUGAACUUGAACGAAGGAUAAGAACGAGCAGUGUGUGAAUGUGUUGAGUAAGAAGCACAAGAAAGAAGGCGAUAUUGCUGGUGAUGGUGGUGUUGUAAAGUGUCAUACACAGCAGGAAACAGUGUCGGGUGUGAAUUCAGCUGCACUUUUAAACUGUUGGUGAACAAAAUGUGACUUUUAAAGUGAACCUUCAACCUCUGUGAGCUUGGGAAAGAAAAUCACGACAUGAGCGCAAAAUGAGAGCCUUGCUCCUUUAUCCAAUCAACAUGCCCAAAUUGGGCCUCGCCCUUGCGCUCUUGGCCUUUCUUAUGGCCUUCUCCAGGGGUCAACAAGGCCCCAUCCAGAUCCCGGAGAAUGAACCUUUGGAGUCUUGUUGUAACCAAGCUCCGACAAAAGCCGAUCGGGUCAAGAUCCCACUUGGAUACUUAACGGCGGUCAAAGGUGAUCUUUACAACAGACAAGGCCGUGCCAUUUCUGGAGCUCUGUCCUAUGCUGUUCAACAGAUCAACGAUUGUGCUUGUCUCCUACCUGAUGUGGAACUGGAGUUCAAAUACUACGAUACGGAAGGCAAAGAGAACAAAUCCACUCAGGCUGUAGUGGAUCUGAUUUGCAAUGAUAUCGCCGCGUUUAUUGGACCAGAAGGACCCAAUUGCCACACGGAGGCCAUGGUGGCCGGUUCCAAGAACAGGGCCAUGAUUUCCUAUCGAUGUAGCGACGCCCAAAUCUCAAGUAAGGCCGAGUAUCCCACGUUUACCCGGAUGGAACCUCCAGAUACUCAAGUGACUAGCUCGGUCCUUUCUCUUCUCGAGUUCUACAAAUGGAACAAGUUCUCUAUUGUGUUCCAAGAGGGGGACCAAUGGGAGACCAUUGCCAAACAUCUCAAUGAACAAGCUUUAAAGAAGGAGUUUUCCGUCAAUCACUACAUUCAGUUCAAAGACCAGAACCAUUGCUGUAUUGAGGAAUUGGAAUGUUGCAAUGCGAUGUGGCCACAUCCCAUUUUGAAGGAGACCAAGGAUAAGACCAGAAUCUACGUUUUCGUGGGACAACGUGAGAACUUGGUGCGGUUCAUGAAGCAAAUGAAAGUGGAACAGCUCUUUGCGGACGGAAAGUACAUGGUCGUCUAUUUGUACCCAGAUACAGCUUAUUAUGCAGAGCUGGGCUUCUUCUUGUGGAACAAAGAAGAUUCCGUGUCAGCAGGAAGGACUGAUAAUCGUUAUGAGACCUGUGAACAGAUGGGCAUUGCUGCUUUGUUGCAAUGGCGAUCGUUGAUCGUUGUAUCUGGAUCUCCUUACAGAGUUGACACGACCGACUUUGCGAAGAAAGUGCGGAUCUACAACCAGUUACCGCCUUUCAACUUCAAGGAUCCGACAUUUGGCAUUUUCGAGCGGUUCUUCUCCAUUCAUAUCCCAAUUUAUGCAGCCCAUUUGUACGACUCGGUUAUGCUCUAUGCUCGGGCAUUGCAUUCAGUGAUUGAGGAUGAGAAAACCUCACGGGGUCUAAUGAUUACAAAAGAUGAGAUAAACCAGCUUUCCAGAGAUGGUCGCAGAAUCACAAGGGCAAUUAUCAAUAGGGGGCGCUACCAAUCAAUUUCUGGCAAUUACAUCCGCAUCAACCACAAUGGUGACUCGGAAGGAAAUUUCACAGCCUUUGCACUGAAGGAGCACAACUACACGUUUGUUAGCAGAAUUACCAACAAAACAAAAUUCUCUUGCGGAUACUACCCUGUGAAGGUUGGAGAGUUUCAUUCGGAAAACACUCCUCAAAAUACAACCAAUAUCACUUACUCUCCAAAAGUGAACAUUGAUUGGCCUGGCAACCACAAACCAGUAGAUGAACCCCACUGUGGUUAUGAUGGAAGCAAGUGCCCAAGGACGAAAGGUCGAACCGAGAUCGCUACGGGGGUUCUCGGAGCUUUACUUUUCAUCGUGAUUAUCAUAACUUUGAGCUUCUAUCGAAAAUGGAAGAUCGAACAAGAAAUCGAGGGCCUUUUAUGGAAGAUCAAUCCCGAUUGUUUACAAGGGUACCGGGGUCUCCACCCAUGUGCCUCCAAGCAAAGUUUGGGAAGUGUAAUGAGCGGUGAGUCUCGUGGUUAUGGAACCACGUGUCAGACAGCUCGUUUCCGGGGAUCAAUUGUCCGGAUCAAGGAGUUGCAUUACGAGAAAAAGAAAGACAUAUCUAGAGAGGUCAUGAAAGAGAUGAAACUCAUGCGCGAACUCAGACAUGAUAAUGUGACAAGCUUCAUUGGUGCAUGUGUAGAGUCCCAUUGUAUUAUGUUGAUCACCGAUUUUUGUGCCCGUGGAGCCUUGCAAGACAUCCUGGAGAAUCCAGACAUCAAAUUGGAUCCCAUGUUUGUGGCCUCGCUGAUCCACGACCUGAUGAAGGGCAUGAUUUUCCUUCAUAAUAGUGACAUUGUCACGCAUGGAAACUUGAAAAGUUCAAAUUGCGUUGUCACGAGCAGAUGGACUCUGCAAGUCACCGAUUUUGGCUUGCACGAACUGAGAUUAUCAGCAGAAGGGGCUCCAGAUUUGGAAUGGGGUUCUACCGAGGAGAAUAAAGCAGAAUCUGAAGCCUUUGGUUUGUUGUGGAAGGCUCCUGAGCUAAUGAAUGACGAUAAGACCCCCAUUAGAGGCACUCAAAAGGGUGACUCGUACUCCUUUGGGAUCAUCUUAUUUGAAAUAUACGGAAGACAAGGUCCGUAUGGAGACACGGUCCUGACGGCCACUGAAAUUGUCAAUAGAGUCAAGAAUCCCGAUGGAGUCGCUUACAUGCGACCAGACAUUGAAAUGCUGGAAGACACGGAAUUGGAUUACACUUGUCCCUCUUAUGUUAAAGAUGUCAUGGCCGAUUGUUGGAGUGAAUGGCCGGAGUCCAGGCCCGACUUCCCCACCAUACGCAAUCGUUUGAAGGCCAUGCGAAAUGGCAUGAAGGCAAAUAUCAUGGACCAAAUGGUGGAAAUGUUGGAGAAAUACUCAAACAAUCUCGAGGAUCUAGUCACAGAUAGAACCCGCCAACUCUUUGAGGAGAAACAGAAGACAGAGGAUCUCCUGCAUCGCAUGUUACCCCCUUCGGUGGCUAGGAAGCUGACUCAUGGGGUGGCGGUUGAGCCUGAGACAUUCACGGGCUGCACAAUCUACUUCUCUGACAUUGUUGGGUUCACUUCCAUGUGUUCUGAGUCAACUCCGCUCCAAGUGGUCAAAUUCCUCAAUGAGCUCUACUCUCAGUUUGAUGAGAUUAUUCAGAGCUUUGAUGUGUACAAAGUAGAAACCAUAGGAGAUGCUUACAUGGUGGUGUCUGGAUUUCCAGAGAGAAGUGACCAGCAUGCUGGCAAUGUUGCCUCUCUUGCCCUUGAGUUAUUGUCAGCUGUCAAAAGCUUCAAAAUUAGUCAUAGGCCCAAUGACACACUCAAAUUGAGAAUUGGAAUGCAUACAGGUCCGGUGGUGGCGGGUGUAGUGGGUCUCGCCAUGCCUAGGUAUUGCCUCUUUGGCGACACAGUCAACACCUCAUCCCGGAUGGAAUCCACGGGACAACCUUUGAAGAUCCAUAUCUCUCCCACUUGCAACUCCGAGCUUCAAAGACUGGGUGGUUACGUUACCGAGAGCAGGGGACCUGUUGAGAUGAAAGGCAAGGGUCUGGUCAACACUUUCUGGCUGUUGUCGUCUACUGAGGAAUGUCCUAUCCGCAAGAAGCCUGUGGUGUCAUCCGCGUUAAAACCAUUGUUCAGAUUGCCCAAGAACAUGGGCGGCAUGAAUCUCACGGGUACCACGGGGAUGUCAAGUAACACACCAGAACAAUUGAGGAGGAGAAGUCCUAGAGUAUCCAUGGCUUCAGGAUUUGAUGUCCGACGGGAGCGAAAUACGCCAGAUUCAAUGAGGAAGUCUUUCACUCAACUCAACUCUGGGUCCAAUGACCAAAACUCCACCUCAACUUUACCCCACCCUCGUACUGGAACACCUCCAAUUGAGAAAGAGAGUGAUGCAUUCAGGCUGGAUCGGUUUGCGCGUGACCGUCUCACUGCACGCAAGCUACUCCAUAUGCCGCGCUCAACUCGGGGCUCCCCUCACCCUAGUACCGGCUCGACAAACUUACUCUCGCCAAGCGGGUCUCCUACUUCGGCUGGUCAUCCCGGAAAGCCUGCGUUCCGUUUCACACGCCCGCGAAGUCACUCGGCUGACCGCACGAAUAAAUCCACAAAUGAUCUGUUCGAGAAAAUGGCUUUGAUGGGUAAUGGGGUCGAAGGAGCAGAUCCCAGUGAUGAUGAGAAUGACGUGGACGUUAUGGGUGCUCUGAGAAAUCAAACCUCUGUGGUGUGAAAUCUACUCUCUUGGCCAGAUAUACUGUGUAAAACGCUCGGGCUCUGAUGUCUUCACCUACUCCAUGUAUGUACCAAAGGUUGUCUUUGAAGUGUUGAGACUGUAGAUGAAAAAUCUUAAGACGGUUAUAUUUAUGACAACAUGGAGAAUAUUGUCAAUGACACUAAUGCAUAUGCUAUAUAUAUUAUUUAAUCCAAUGCAACUCAAUGUCCUCGAUUUGUGGUCGAAUCUCAAACGUGGACAAAUAAUACGGUUAUUCCCAUAUUUGCACAUGUUAUAAUACAGAGCCUGUAUAUCUUG